GUCUCUGUGUGUGUCUGUGUUGUUGUUCCGCGGCAGGGGGGCGGCGGUAAGAUGGCUGCCCACGGGGGCUCCGCGGCGUCCUCGGCGCUGAAGGGGUUAAUUCAGCAGUUCACCGCCAUCACCGGUGCAAGUGAAAGUGUUGGGAAACAUAUGCUUGAAGCCUGCAACAAUAAUCUGGAGAUGGCAGUCACAAUGUUUUUGGAUGGUGGUGGAAUCGCUGAAGAGCCCAGUACCAGUUCAGCAAGUGUCUCCACUGUUAGACCACACACAGAAGAAGAAGUUCGUGCCCCAAUUCCUCAAAAGCAGGAAAUAUUGGUAGAACCAGAACCUUUGUUUGGUGCUCCUAAAAGACGGCGGCCUGCACGUUCAAUAUUUGAUGGUUUUCGGGAUUUUCAAACUGAAACUAUUCGGCAAGAACAAGAGUUAAGAAAUGGAGGAGCCAUAGAUAAGAAACUAACUACCCUGGCAGAUCUGUUCCGGCCACCCAUUGAUUUGAUGCAUAAAGGCAGCUUUGAAACAGCCAAAGAGUGUGGGCAGAUGCAAAAUAAGUGGCUGAUGAUAAACAUCCAAAAUGUACAAGACUUUGCAUGCCAGUGCCUCAACCGUGAUGUAUGGAGCAAUGAUGCUGUGAAGAAUAUUAUCCGGGAACAUUUCAUUUUCUGGCAGGUUUAUCAUGACAGUGAGGAAGGUCAGAGAUACAUACAAUUUUAUAAGCUAGGGGAUUUCCCCUAUGUUUCCAUCUUGGAUCCACGGACAGGUCAGAAGCUAGUAGAGUGGCACCAGUUAGACGUAUCUUCUUUCUUGGACCAAGUGACGGGAUUUCUGGGUGAACAUGGGCAACUGGAUGGACUUUCUAGCAGUCCCCCCAAAAAAUGUGCCCGUUCAGAGAGUCUUAUAGAUGCAAGUGAAGACAGCCAGCUAGAAGCUGCCAUCAGAGCCUCCUUGCAAGAGACACAUUUUGAUUCAUCACAGACAAAACAGGAUAGCCGCUCAGAUGAAGAGUCUGAAUCUGAACUUUUUUCUGGCAGUGAGGAAUUUAUAUCCGUUUGUGGCUCUGAUGAAGAAGAGGAAAUAGAGAAUCUUGCCAAGUCCAGAAAGUCUCCCCAUAAAGAUUUGGGGCAUAGAAAAGAGGAAAACAGAAGGCUGCUAACUGAGCCCCCACCCAGAACUGAGCCUGUAACAACAACAAACCACCAAGGAUUGUCAGUCAUGGAUUCAGAAAUAUUGGAGAUGUCACCUGAAAAAUCAGAUGGAAUAGUGGAGGGCAUAGAUGUAAAUGGACCAAAAGCACAGCUGAUGUUGCGGUAUCCAGAUGGAAAAAGGGAACAAAUCACUCUUCCAGAGCAAGCUAAAUUGCUAGCUUUGGUGAAGCAUGUCCAGUCUAAAGGAUAUCCAAAUGAACGUUUUGAACUUCUCACCAACUUCCCUCGAAGGAAACUCUCUCAUCUGGACUAUGACAUUACAUUACAAGAGGCAGGCCUUUGUCCUCAAGAGACUGUCUUUGUACAGGAAAGAAAUUAACAUCAUGGCCCGACCUCUCUCAGCUUACCCCUUUUUUCCCUUUUCCUGUGAGAUACCAUGUCACUGAGUAUGCAUUUUGGUUCAUAGGACCAUAGAGCCAAAGUUGGGCAAGCAAGUCACCUGCCUUCUCUUUUAUUCCUUGCUCUCUCCUGUAAUAAGUCUUUUUCACUUCCUACCCCCUUUUUUUCCCUCUCCUAUCCUAUUUUUGUCUUUUUCCUACUUUUCUUUCUUUCUUACCUAAUCAGGUGACCAAAUGGAAGUAUAAGGAUAACACCUCCUAGUACUGGCAGCAGGAAAUGAGUGUUCCAAUAAGUGGUCUCUUGCAUGGCACUUUUUCGGGAUCAAAUGAUAAUGUUACUACUCCUCAGACUCCUUUGGUAAAGGAAUGGCUAGAUUCAGAAUAAGAACAACCUCCCUUUUUUGUAAGCCCUGUUUUUAGUAGGAAAAAGCAAUUCUCUAACAUGUUUUGUUUUGUUGUUCAUAUAACAAAUAUCACAACAGAAUAUCCAGGCUUUUAUUUACAUGGAAAAAACAUCCCUUGUAAUAAUUAUUCAUCUCAUUUAAAAAUCAUUUCGAAGGAUUCCCACCCUCCCAAGCUAGAAUUAUUUCCAUGAGAUGUGUUAUUGGCAAAAUGAGUGUUAAAUGUUGGGUGAGUAGCAUGGGUUGGCAUUCAAUACCCUAGCCUGAGACAACUUUCUUCGUUACUACUCUAUAAACUAUAUUGAUCCUGCUAGUCCCAGAGUGGACCUUUAGUGAGCAUAUUGUGGUGACUGGGAUAGGAAGGUACUUGCUGUUUUUUGCCAGUACGGCAUAUUAGUUCCUUCGGCCCUUCCAUUGUCUGGGUCCACAAGUGAUCUAUAGGAAGGCAGCUAUUCAAUAAUCAUGCAAAACAGUGGCUUGUAGUUUAACCACUAUGGUUAUUGAUUGUCCUAUGUGCUUUAGGCAUACUUAUGUAUAUCCUGGGGGAAAAAGAAAAAGAUGCAGCUGAGAGUAGCUAACCAUAUUCCUUUGGUUAGAAAUAAUGAUUCAUUUAUUACCCCUGGUUGAACAGUCUCUAAAGGCUCUGGUGACUAAAUGAGCUUAAAUCCUCAUGCUUUUUCUUGCAAAAGGUCUCAAAAUUGAAAGCCUAAGGGGAAAACCUUUAAAUUAAAUCCAUAAGACAACAUUUAGUAAGGGAGGUGGGGAAGAUUGCCAGUAGUCUUCAUGUCUUGUGGGGUUUUUUUCUGCCUACAAAAGCCACAUUCAAAUUGUAGUUGGUGAAAGCUUUUUUCAGUAUUGUUUAGAAGAUGCCAUCUUGAAUCUCCAUAACACUACUCAACUUAUCAGCUUCAUUAUAUGCUUAGUUCUUAUUUUGAGCGUUAGUCUUCUGAAGGGGUAGUGGUGAUUCUGGUGGCAAAAUCAGAACUUUAACUUGCUAUAAAACCGUAAUAUAAAAUGGACCUUAUUUAAUCAGUUGGGGAUUUAGAUUGAUCCUUCUACUUGAGGAACAUAAAUUGCUAUUGCUCAGAGACCUUUUAAGUUUCCAUCUAUUUUAAGAUCACUCUCUUGGUAACUAGGGGAUUUUAAAAAAACAUGCUUAUGUGUUGCUAGUACUUAAUUAGAGAAUAUGAUUUCUAAUGGUUGAAUUUUGAGGGACCCACCCUAAAGAAUGAGUAAUGUUUCUCCUCAAGGAAAUCAUGGAAAAUUCUGUUUAUUCUUCAGUGAGUCCUUUUGGAUUAAUGUUCUUACAUUUUUUCUAAGUGUGUGUAAGUGCUUAUGUAUAAGUAUAUAAUUGUAUAAAUAUUUAUAAAUAUAUUUAUAUAAUUACAGUUUCAUUUAUAUCUUGA